AUGCAUUCUGCAUUCUUUCGAAAAUUUAUCGAUUCUCCAGAUGAGAUACCCGCAAAAGCUGGAGCGGCCUUUGCAUAUGAGUGGGUUGAUGAGGUCGAUGAUGAUGGUUCUGGAUGGCAUAUCGUUGCUGAUAGUAAUAGGAAGAGUUCAAACAAAUUAUCGGAGGGCAUGUCAGAAUUACAAUCGUUGUUUGCCAGCAGUAAAACGAUCUCACGCGAUCUCAUCGAGUCAGCGUACAAACUUCGUCAGAAAUUAUUGUUCAGAGACUGCAUCAUCUAUAUUGCUGGUAAUGUGCACCAGACGACUGUUUUUCUGCACGAGAUCGAGAAUUCCAUUUUCAAACAGGCUCUGCAACAGGUGCUACUGACUGUACGGAACAAAUUCUUCGAAAGCCUUGUUGGAGCCCAAGAAGCAAUGCAUUUGACGGCGUCUGAUGAUAAUGUGCCACUGUUCAAGAUAACGAAGGAUGUUAGCAUGAAAGUAUCGGAACAUGGAAACUUUUCCCAGCCAGAAUUUUAUAGAAAACUGGUCAAUCGGGAAGAGAAGUUUGCCGAAAGCCUAGAGGAGGCGCUUUCCAGAAAUUUACAGCUGGAUAGUUCAGCCAUGGCAAGAGUUGGUGAUUACGAGGAUCAUUUUUUCUGCGGAAGUCUGAGCGACGAGGAACUACUAUGGGACACUACCGAAACCGACUGGUAG